UUUUGCUGAAGUGGGCUCGGACUCAUUACCCAGAACUGGAAGAACGACGUGAAUUUCUCACUACGCGCUUUGUCCCCUAAUCCGUUUUCCGUAUAUGACUUGCAGAAAGCUGAAAAAAGUUUUAACCUGCAAUGACUUUGAUGUAGAAAUUGUAUCCAAAGUUGUGUUUGAAGCUCUGUUUCUCAAGGCGGAGACAUCUUACCAACAGCGUGCUAUUGCAUCAGAGGCUGCCGAUAUCAAUGUCCGUCACUUUGUGGAGCGGGCUUACAAGUACCGCCCGGUCAAGAUUGUAGAGUUUGAACAGCCAAGACAGCAGUGCAUUGUAUACCUGGACCAGAAGCGUGAGGAGUGCACGCAUCUGUUUCCGGCUGGUAAGGUUUAUUCACAAGCGUUUCAUCUUGGCGAACAAGGGUUUUUCUUUUCCGCACAUUGCAAUAUGGACCAGCAAAGCGGAUUUCACUCCUUUGGACUAUUUUUGGGAAUGCAAGAAAGGGGAUCUGUUACUUUUGAUGUCGGCUACGAGUUUGCAGCAAGGUCAAAACCGACAGAGGAUUAUGUAGUUAAGUAUAAAGGUAAUUACAAAUUCAUGGGCGGAAAGGCCGUUGGCUAUCGUAACCUGUUUGGUAUACCGUGGACACUAUUCAUGUCCGAAGAGAGCAAUUACUUUAUAAAUGGCGUUCUCCAUCUCAGGGCCGAACUAACUGUUAGGCAGUGA